UCGAACGCUCGCUUCUCCCCCUUCCUGCUACCGCUCACCAGCGGCGCAUUCCGAAGAAGAGAGGGGCAAUGGCCAUGGCCGCCGCCUCCCCGUUCCUCCUCCUGCAACCUCUAGCCCCCAAGCCCCAUCGUCCUCUCGGCCCCCUACACCCCAGCCUCCUCCGGACCCGCCUCCUCCGCUGCUCGCCCAACGGCGCCGCGGCGCCGGAGCCCCCUCCUAAACCCACCCUACGCCGCGGGCGGAAGAAGGCGUCGGAGCCGGGCUCGUCGCCGCCCAAGGCGAAGGCGACGAGGCGCAAGACCAAGAAGGCGGGACAGGACUCCGACUCGGAGGGCGAGGAGGAGCCGGCUGUGAAGCCGAAGACCCGCCGGACCAAGAAGUCCCCGAAGCAGGAGGCCAAGCAGCAGCAGGGGGAAGAGGAUGCCCAGGCGGAGGAGCCUCGGAGUCCGGCCCGCGAGGAGGACAACGGCGACGACGGGGCGGAUUUGCCGUACGAGUGGCCGCCGUUGGUGUGCUGCUUCGGGGCGCCGCGGUGGGAGUUCGUGCCGACGGUGCGGGUGUCGGACCAGCAGAUGCACCCGGACCAGUACUCCACGUGGCUGCACCUGCAGUGGGAGCCGCCCGAGUUCGCGCGCUCGCCCGGGAGCGCCUCCAGCAACGUGGCCAUCGCGCUCACCCGGCUCCGCGGCCGCGCCGCGGUGCUCGGCAAGGUCGGCGACGACGACUUCGGCCACGAGCUUGUGUACCGCAUGAACCGCGAGCGGGUGCAGACGCGCGCCAUCAGGUUUGACGGUGCCGCGUCCACGGCCAUCGCCCGGAUGAAGGUGGGGUUCAGGGACAGCGAGGACGGCAAUGGCGGGACAAGUCUGGUGGCCGAGACGGUGAAGAGCUCUGCCGAGGACUCGCUCCAGAAGGACGAGAUCAAUGCAGAUGUGUUGAAAGAGGCCAGAAUGUUGCAUUUCAAUUCAGAAGUACUGCUGACGCCGUCAAUGCACGACACACUCUUCAGAGCCAUUGCGCUGUCCAAGAAAUUUGGAAGCAAAAUAUUCUUUGACCUCAAUUUGCCAUUGCCUUUGUGGAGGUCAAGGGAUGAGACAAAAGAGUUCAUAAAUAGGGCAUGGAAGGAGGCUGAUAUCAUAGAGGUGUCAAGGGAUGAGUUGGAGUUCCUCCUUGAUCACAAGUAUUACGAAUAUAAGCGAGCCACCCCGCCUCAGUAUUAUUUGGAUGGGUUCCAUCUAACAAGGAACUGGCCACAGUACUACCACUAUACCCCUGAAGAAAUUGCUCCGAUUUGGCAUGACGGAAUAAAACUCUUGCUGGUGACCUAUGGAACACUUCGGAUCCACUACUACACACCCAAGUUUCAUGGCUGUGUGGUUGGAACGGAGGAUGCACUCAUAACUCCAACCACAACUGACCGGACGGGUUCUGGUGAUGCUAUUGUUGCUGCUGCUAUUAGGAAGUUGACAACUUGUCCUGAGAUGUAUGAGGACCAGGAUACAUUGGAAAGGGAGCUAAGAUUUGCUGUUGCUGCUGGUAUCAUUUCACAGUGGACUAUUGGUGCCGUGCGAGGGUUCCCCACUGAAAGUGCUACCCAGAACUUGAAGGAGCAAGUAUAUGUGCCUUCUAUGUGGUGAUUGGUGAGCUAGUAAAUCAUUUCUGAUGAAGGAGGCAGAAAUUUAUUUUGCGAGCGUGAUUCAUGAGUGGUGCAGCAGAAGUGAACAGGGAUACUAUUUUACCACAAAAGUUGACAGCAAGCCACAGAGGAAUAUAGAAGUUUAAUGCGAGGAAGUACCUGCAAUAUAUCUGAUGACAGACAAAAAAUGCUACAACAGAAUUCAAUCAUUUCAAUAGCAGCUAAAGGAAAGAAUACAUCAAAUGAACAAGGUACAAGGACGCUUUAAUCAGCGUGUAACACAGGCAGCGAGCCACGCUGCAUACUGUCCAAUCAGCGGGGAACUCUUUUGUGCGAGUGUUUCCAGUCACAGAAGCACUAUUGUAGCACUUCGUGGGGAUAGGAUUGAUUGAUGUGAGACUCCCACUUCUUUUUCUCCUUUUUCUUUUAUAUUUUCUCUUUGUAGACCGGAGAGAAUGCAGCACUCCCGUUCUCUUUUCCUAGAAGCUUAUGUAGAGGUUUUGUAGAGUAAGCAACCCUAGGAACCUCCAGUGUUAUGUUCAUUUGCAGAACUCGGCGCCUCUGCUGGUCAUUUCUAUCUUUAAUCUCCAUGGCCCUUUUUUUUAAACU